GCCCAGACACCGGGACCUCCCGUGCCCAGACACCGCCACCUCCAGUGCCCAGACACCGGGACCUCCAGUGCCCAGACACCGCCACCUCCAGUGCCCAGACACCGCCACCUCCAGUGCCCAGACACCGGGACCUCCAGUGCCCAGACACCGGGACCUCCAGUCCCCAGACACCGGGACCUCCAGUCCCCAGACACCGGGACCUCCAGUCCCCAGAUACCGGGACCUCCAGUGUCCAGACACCGGGACCUCCAGUCCCCAGAUACCGGGACACGGGGUCUGCAGAAUGGGCAACUCUUCCAACUCUUCCACCUGUUGCGACGGAGCGCUGGGCGAGAACAUCUCCUGGGCUGUCACCUACGCCUUGCUGGCGGUGGCCGGGAGCUCGGGGAACCUCCUGGUCAUCUACCUGGUGUACUCGGUCCGCAAACUCCGCAGCGCCAGCAACGCCUUCAUCGUCAACGUGUGCGCCGCCGACCUGCUGGUGUGCGGCCUGUGGAUGCCCCAGGAGGCGGUGGCAUUGGCGUUGUCUCGGCCGCCUCGGGCAGCUGCUGGCCCGGCCUCUUGGCGCUCGCUGGCCGCCGCGCUGCUGCUCCUUGCCUUGCUCGCCUCUCUCUUCUCGCACUCGCUCAUCGCCCUGAACCGCUACGCGUUGAUCACCAAGGCUCCGGCCGCCUACCGGGACCUGUACCGCAGAAGGAACGCGGCUGCAAUGAUCGCCAGCUCCUGGCUAGCGGCUGCCGUGCUGCUGCUGCUGCCCUGGCUGAUGGCAGCGGCUCUGGGGCGUCCCCGACCCGGCGCUUGCCUGCUCUACCCGGGCCUCGCCGCCGCCUCCUCCCGUGGUGGAUGCUCCUGCUCCCUGACACUGUGCCCCUACGCUGCGGCAGUCACUGCCGCCUCCAUCCUCGCCCACACCGCCGUCCUGCUGUACGCCUACUACAAAAUACUGCGCCGGGUGCAGGUCAGCGUCAACAGGGUCAGCGUGCUCAACUUCCACGGCAACAACCUGUCCUACCCGUGCGCCAGGAAGGACAAGAAACUGCGCCUGUACGUCUCCUUCGUGCUGAGCGCCUUCUUGCUGAGCACCGAGCCCUUGGUGUGGGUGUUGCUCUGCGGGCUGGUUGAGCCGGUGCCCGCUCUGCUCUGCAACCUCGCCUGGCUGCCCUUCGCGCUGCUCUUCGUCCUCAGUCCCUACGUGUACACCUGCAAGAACCAGGAGUUCAGGAAGUCCCUGCGGACCGUUCUCGGCAUCGACCUGUCCAGGGCGGAGGUCGAGGCUGAGCCGGCGAUACACGCAGUGUCCCGGUGACCACAAGGAACCAAACGUAACUACAACUACACAUGCUGAUU